GGUGAUCGCAACCGCACAGUCUCACGAGUUCCGAAGUGUUGCCCCGGGUUGCAGCAAAUGUGGUAAUCCUGGUAGGACGCCGGGAUCAAAGCAUGUGCCAGCAUCGUCGGUUUUGAUUAUAUUCUUACGACAAUACGCACAUAUCGCUCGAUUCUGAUACUCCAGUUGACGGAUAAGAGAAGGUGGUAGAUCGAUGGAUGGAUAUUGAGUCAACAAAACGAAAGAGAUCGUUAGCGAGCGGCACCUUGCAAUGUCGGGACACUAUGCAUCAAGAAAUGAGACUCGGAUUACGGAAGACACGAUUCGAGAGGAGGAUCAGGCAUUGACCGAGCAAAAUCCAACACACAGCUCCAAUAUUUCGGCAAGCCAAUCUCCGAAUAACGUGCCAGCACGAGAAAAUGUCGCUCAUCCUCGAUCUUCCAUGUCGCCGUCCCGAAUAUCGUCGGAUCUCGGCCGAAGACCAUCUCAGCAGCGAAAUGUACGGUUUUCCACAGACCUCGAACGACCUAUUGUGGAGGAAUCCAGGAAUGCUCGGCCUGGCUCCAGGGGCCUGACAAUCGAUACGAGUAUCACGAACACUGCUGUCUCCCCAGUGCGCUCACCUGUCGCAUCACCAGAGCGCGGGCCGACUUCACCGCUAUCCCCCAAUAGCGCUCUUUCCCCAACGUCUCCGCAAAGUCCAGAUGUCGGUCGCUCACGAUCCCGUAAUCGCGGAUAUUCACUUCGGCGUACCAUUUUCGCAAAGAACAUCCAGACGCAAGAUGUAACAUCACCGGGGGCUAUUGAAUUGGGCCCAGCGGUUGACUCGCAGCAGCUGCCGGAGACAUCGACAUCGAAUGAUCAGCCACAGGCGACAGGAGACGAGAAGCACUCGGAAGUCGUGCGUUCAACACUCACGUCGGAAUCUUCACCCAAAGAUGACGGCUCAACAACAUACUACUCUGAUCCCAAGGACGGCAGGCACCUUUCUAUGAGUGUUUCGUAUGAGAGAUGGUUGAAGCGGAGAGCUACUUGUACUAUGUUCAUGGUGCGACUAGAGAACGCGAUUGAAACUGUGCGCAAGGCCAUCCUUCGAAUCAAGGACAUUCCUCCCACCAAAGACGGCCGUCAUAUUGAUCUCGAUGUGACUCGCACCGAGGACUUGAUUGACGAAAGGACUGGUAAGCCAUACGUUGGAAAUUGGAUCCGAUCCAGUCGUUAUAGCUUCUGGAGUUUCUUUCCCAGGCAAUUGUUCGCUCAGUUCACCAAGUUGGCCAACUUCUAUUUCUUAGUCGUGGCUAUUCUGCAGAUGAUUCCGGGUUUAAGUACCACAGGUACUUUUACUACGCUUAUCCCUCUUUUGAUUUUCGUUGGUAUCUCAAUGGGCAAAGAAGGGUUUGACGAUUGGCGUCGUUAUCGUUUGGACAAGGAGGAGAAUAAUCGGCUUGCAUCUGUUCUGCGUCCUGGUGCCAGUCUUACCGCUGCUGCGACUACUGCUGCCAGCGACAGCGUUUCUGUUUCAAGCGAUGCGCACAAUUGGGCCCUCGUCAAGUGGCAGGACAUCAAAGUUGGAGAUGUGAUUAAACUCGAGCGCGACCAGCCUGUCCCAGCUGACAUUGUCUUACUCCAUGCAAAUGGGCCCAACGGUGUAGCUUACAUUGAGACUAUGGCCCUAGAUGGCGAGACCAACCUCAAGAGCAAGCAGCCUUGCCAGCCAGUGGCUAAAGUGUGCGGGACGGUUGAAGACAUCUGCAGCAACUCCAUUCACUUUGCCGUGGAGGACCCGAACAUCGAUCUAUACAAAUUUGAUGGCAAUGUGAUUGUGAACGCCGAGAAGUUGCCCCUGACGAAUACUGAAGUGGUUUACCGCGGCAGUAUUCUUCGAAAUACCGAACGUGCCCUUGGUAUGGUCAUCUACACUGGCGAAGAGUGCAAGAUCCGAAUGAACGCCAACAAGAACCCGCGGAUCAAGUCGCCUUCCCUGCAGGCAAAGGUCAAUCGAGUCGUCAUGCUGAUUGUUUGCCUCGUCGUUAUCCUGGCGGUUGCUUGUACCGUUGCGUACAAAUAUUGGUCACAGGAUGUUGAGCGCCGCGCUUGGUAUCUCGAAGAGGCUAAUGUUGACUACGGCCCUAUUUUUACUUCGUUCCUUAUCAUGUUCAAUACCAUGAUUCCGAUCUCGCUUUAUGUGAGUAUGGAGAUCGUCAAAGUUGUUCAGAUGUUCUUGUUGAACGACAUCGACAUGUAUGAUGAGGAAACCGACACACCCCUCGAAGCGCGAACAUUAACGAACAACUCGAUGCGCUUCCGUAUGAUGAGCGUCGCGGGGACUGCCUGGUUUCAUGACUUUGAUCUGCGUGAAGAAGCUGCGAGAGAUGGUGAUCGAAAGAUGUUGAUCCACAAGAAACGGAGUGUCAAAGGCAAGAAGGCUAUGGCUCGUAAGUCCCACGCUUCAGAUACUCGAGAAGCGUUAAGACCCUCCAAUGUGUCGAACGCUCUGGAGGUGUCUGGUUCGAUGUCCAUGGGCCCUCGAAAGAUUGCAAAAUCCAUGGCCGAUCGCCGUACCACCGAUAUGUUGAGAUACAUCCAACUUAAGCCCUACACCGUGUUCGCGCGGAAAGCCAAGCUGUUCCUACUGGCAAUAGCGUUGUGCCACACAUGCAUACCGGAGAAGGACGAGUCUGGAAACGUUUCUUUCCAGGCAGCAUCCCCUGAUGAACUAGCUCUGGUGAUGGCUGCGCAGGACCUUGGCUAUCUCGUCGUUGAUCGACAACCAAACACCCUGACUAUUCGGACUUACCCCAAUGGUCCAGAAGAAGAGCACCAAGAUGAGGUCUAUGAAAUCUUGGACGUCGUCGAGUUCACAAGCACUCGGAAACGCAUGUCUGUUGUGGUGCGAAUGCCGGACCAACGCAUCUGUCUUUUCUGCAAGGGUGCUGAUAGCACGUUGAUGCGGUUGCUCAAACGUUCCUCUCUUGCUCAUGAAAAAGCAGUCGAGAUUGAGCGGCGUGCCAGCAAGCGCAGAGCAGCCGAGGCAAAUCAGGUAAUGAGACGAAAUAGUGAGCACCAGAGUCGGAAGGAUAGUGGAGUCAGAUCCAGCUUCAGCCGGCCAAGCUUCAGUCGUCCCAGCUUCGGUCGACCUAGCAUGACGAAGAACAGACGCUCCAGUGUUUCCGGGCAGAACGUCUCUGUGUUGAGAGAAAGCAUUGAUAUCUGGCUUCGUGAUCGUGAGACUGAUGGCGGUCUUUUGACACGGGAAUUUGAUGAUGAGUACUACAGCCCGCGUCCGUCUGCUCAGCUUGGCAGGCAGUCCACAUCUUUCUCGGACUCGGGAAGCUCUGUCAACGAGGAGGACCAAGAUGAUCUGGUCGAGGAGGCUCUGGUCGUAAACGAAUCGGCAGUCUUUGAGAGGUGCUUUCAGCAUCUGAAUGACUUUGCUACGGAGGGCUUACGGACGCUCAUGUAUGGCCAUCGUUUCCUCGACGAUUCCACGUAUCACGAGUGGAAGGCGGCCUAUCACGAGGCUAGCACCAGUCUCAUUGACCGUCAGGAAAAAAUCGAGAAGGUUGGUGCUCAGAUCGAAGAACAGCUCGAACUGACUGGCGCUACGGCGAUUGAGGACAAAUUACAAAAGGGCGUACCCGAGGCCAUUGACAAAUUGAGACGCGCCAAUAUCAAGCUGUGGAUGCUCACUGGCGACAAACGUGAAACUGCCAUCAACGUCGGCCACUCUUGCCGUCUGGUUAAAGACUACUCUACUCUUGUCAUCCUCGACCAUGAAACUGGAGAUGUUGAACGCUCAAUCUUGAAGAUGACUGCAGAUAUUAGUCGAGGAUCCGUGGCUCACUCUGUCGUCGUUGUUGAUGGACAGACUCUGUCGAUCAUCGAGUCCGACGAGACUCUCCGGGCUCAGUUCUUCAAGCUGGCCAUCUUGGUUGAUUCUGUCAUCUGCUGCCGUGCAAGUCCAAAACAAAAGGCAUUCCUCGUCAAGUCGAUCCGGCUUCAAGUCAAGGAUUCUGUGACUCUUGCGAUUGGUGAUGGCGCCAACGAUAUUGCCAUGAUCCAGGAGGCCCAUGUUGGAAUUGGAAUCACUGGCAAGGAAGGCUUGCAAGCAGCUCGGAUUUCCGAUUACUCGAUCGCCCAGUUCAGAUUCUUGCUGAAGCUACUACUCGUUCACGGGCGGUGGAAUUACAUCCGAGCCUGCAAAUACACGCUUGGUACGUUCUGGAAGGAAAUGCUGUUUUACUUGACCCAGGCACUGUAUCAGCAUUGGAACGGCUACACCGGGACCAGCUUGUACGAGCCAUGGAGUUUGAGUAUGUUUAAUACUCUGUUCACAUCGCUCGCUGUCAUCUUCCUUGGUAUAUUCACCAAAGACUUGUCUGCGUCCACGCUGUUGGCUGUCCCAGAGUUAUACACCAAAGGUCAGCGGCAUGGCGGGUUCAACAUCAAACUUUACCUUGGAUGGACGUUCAUGGCUACCUGUGAAGCUAUGAUUGUGUUCUUCGUCAUGUACGGACUUUUUGGAAACAUCCUCUUCACAAAUACCGGAAGCGACAUCUUCUCGGCUGGGCUCAUCACAUACUCGGCUUGCGUCAUCAUCAUCAACACAAAGCUACAGGCCUUGGAGGUGCAUAACAAGACCUAUCUUUCUUUGAUCGUCAUUGUGAUUUCAGUUGGAGGAUGGUUCUUGUGGAACCUGAUUCUCUCCCGCCGGUACCAGAUCAAAUCUGGUAAUGGCAUUUAUCACGUGCCGGGCAACUUCAUCUUGCAUUCCGGCCGCGACCUGGCUUUCUGGGCGGUUCUCUUCGUUACGGUUGUUGCUGUUGUUAUCUUUGAGGUGUCUGUCAGCGCGAUCAGAGCGAACCUCUUCCCCACAGACGUCGACAUCUUCCAGGAGUACGAGCAGGACUUGGAAAUCCGGAAGAGAUUCGAAGAGGCCGCCGCAUCCGAGUUACAGCAAGGCUGGGAUCGUGGCAAGAAGAAGUCGAGCUUCGAGCUGGCUCGAGAAGCGGCGGAGAUGGAGGCGCGUGAGAAACAGGUCCAAGAGCUCCUGGCGCGGCCCAGAGUCAUGACCAAGACAGGCUCUGGCCAGAUUGAAAUGCAAGAAAUCGAUCUGAGCGAGUUGAACGGCUCCAGCAGGGAUGACUCUGGACACGCGACGGAGGAUGAAGGAACGAGCACGCCACGCCGAUCGGUGGAGAUUCACGAGUUGUUUUCCAAAGGGUUUGGAACCAUUCGAAAGGGCCAGCUGAAAUGAUUGCUUUUGCUUCUUUCUUUUUCUUUUUCUCUUGUCAUUAACA